UUAGUCAAUUGCCCUAUAAAUAUUUGUGAAGCAUUCUUGAAUUAUUAUAUCUAUUCAACUUCAGUCACUUAUUAUCAAAGAUGGUCAUCCCUUGGGUUUUCCUAGUGUUUGGCUCAUGGCUACUAGCAUUAGCUUUUGUCAUAAAAAUAUUGAACCAUCCCAAGAGGAAACUACCACCAGGUCCAAAGCCAUGGCCAAUUAUUGGAAAUUUGAACCUCCUUGGUUCACUCCCACAUAAAUCUUUGCACCAUCUUUCACAAAAAUAUGGAGAUUUAAUGCUACUAAAGUUUGGUUCGAAGCCUGUUUUGAUAGCAUCAUCUCCAGAAAUGGCUAAAGAGAUAUUAAAAACACAUGAUAUAAGCUUUGCUUCUCGCCCUCCAUUAGCUGCCGGUAAGUACAUUAGCUUUAACUAUUCAGACAUGACAUGGGCAUCUUACGGUCCACACUGGCGUCAAACUAGAAAAAUAUCACUAACCGGACUACUUAAUCCUACAACACUUAAUUCAUUAGAGUAUAUUCGUGUUGAGGAAAGACAAACUUUGAUAUCUCGUCUUUUUCCUCUCUCAGGAAAACCAAUUUUACUUAAACAUCGUUUAGCUCGAUUUACUCUUCGCACUAUAAAUAGGUUGAUUAUGAGUGAAACAUAUUGUAGUAGUGAUGCUUCAGUAGUAACUCAUGAAAGAUUGCAAUGGAUGUUUGAUGAGUGGUUUGUUCUUAGUGGGCUUAUUAAUAUUGGGGAUUGGAUACCUUGGCUUAGUUGGUUCGACUUACAAGGAUACGUAAAACGAAUGAAGGCAUUAAGAAAGAAUAUGACAGAAUUUUAUGAAUAUGUACUUGAAGAUCACAAGGCAAAGAGGCAAAAAGAGGAGAAUUAUAGUCCAAAGGAUAUGGUUGAUGCUAUGUUACACCUUGCUGAUGACCCUAAUCUUGAAAUUAAGCUUACUACAGAUACAAUGAUGGGAUUAAUACAUGAUUUGGUAGGUGGUGGAACAGAUACUGCAGCAACAACGAUAGAGUGGGCAUUUCAAGAACUUCUGAAGAGACCAAACAUCAUGGAGAAGGCACAACAAGAACUUGACAGAGCCAUUGGAAGAGAAGGAUGGGUAAAAGAAGAGGACUUCUCUAAGUUACCUUAUAUCGAUGCCAUAAUUAAAGAGACAUUUAGACUUCAUCCUUUAUGUGCAUUGAUUCCUCCUCAUUACUCCACUGAGGAUUGUAAUGUCGCUGGUUAUGACAUACCAAAAGGGACAACUGUUUAUGUAAACGCAUGGUCUUUAGGAAGAAAUCCAAAGUAUUGGGAUAGGCCAGAAGAGUUCAUUCCUGAAAGAUUCAUAGAAAAUAACAUAGACAUAAAGGGACAAAAUUUUGGGUUGUUGCCAUUUGGUUCAGGAAGAAGAAAGUGCCCGGGGUAUAGCCUAGGUAUAAAGAUUGUUCGAACAACAAUGGCUAACUUGUUGCAUGGAUUUGAUUGGAAAUUAGCAGGAGAUAUGAAGCCAGAAGAUAUAAGCAUGGACGAGAUUUAUGGAUUGACUACACACCCAAAAAAUCCCAUAUCUUUGAUCAUGGAACCAAGACUUCCACUCCAUCUUUAUUAGAACUCAAUUUUGUUUUGAGUUUGGACUCUCCUUAAUUUUAAAAUUUAGUAUUGAAUUAUAGUUUUUAAUUAAUUUUUAUUGGCCCACGAGCCGACCCUACCUAUAUUUCUCAAGCCCCAAAUCAACAGGUUUAUUCAAAUCAGGCAAAAAGUCAUUUUCUUAAA